AUGUCAUUACUUGAAAAGAAGCAGGAUAACAGUGGCGGCAGCAGCAAUAGUAAUAGCAGUAGUAGCGGUGGUGAUUUCAAGGCCAGGAAGGACAAUGAUGGAAAAGCAGAAGAGGGGGGAGAAGAAAAGGAUGGACGGCUACGGACACCCAGAUCGUACGCCAUGUUAUCUAUUCCACGUGAGCUGUCACAUACACCUGCCAUUGCUGGAUUAUCUCCUACUGUUCGAACGCCAUUUAUUCAGAGAUGCCAUUUGCAUCACGGUGACUAUACCAGUACCGACAACAAGGAUGAGCAUUAUCGGCAGCCGUUGGAGCAUAUGACAAUCAUAUUUGAGGAGGACAGUCUGAAGCUGACGACGACAAGUUUGUUAGGUAAGGGGGGUUUUGGUCGUGUGUAUGCGGCGCGGUCCAAUGGGGGUGAGUUAUAUGCCUUGAAGGUAUCCGCAAAAAAACUGACUGAGGGUGACUGGGCCCGUCUUCUGAAGGAGGUGGAACUGAUGAAUCACUUCUCACGGCACCCCAACGUGGUGAAGUUUAUCGCCGCUGGACGGGAUGAGGAGACGGCGUAUGUGGUGAUGGAGUGCUGCGCCAGCCGCUCACUGCACGAUGUUAUCGCCAAUCACGGACUAGAUGUACCGGAGAUUCUGUGGGUGGGGUGGGCUCUUGUGGACACCAUCGCCUUCAUGCAUUCAAAAGGAUGCAUCCACCGUGACCUGAAACCGCAGAAUCUUCUUUUUGACUUUGAUGGGAAUUUGAAAAUUACAGACUUUGGCCUUUCCAGUAGAAUUGCGGAGGCGCAACCACGCAAGACAGUUGCGGGCACCGCUAUGUACAUGGCGCCAGAGAUUGCGGAGGCAGUUUACAAGCGUAUGAGUCAUUCAACCCAUCAGCCGCCGCUUCAGUACGGUCAAGAAGUGGAUACAUGGAGCAUUGGUGUCGUGAUUUACGUCAUGCUGACACGCAUGAACCCAUACAUGGAGGCAAUGGAGAAGAGAGGGACGCGGGAAAUGGAUAAAACGCAAAAAACUCUCUCACUCUUUAAUGCUGUUGCGGAUGCCGCAUGGGAGUGGCCAACAGGGUGGUCAGGCGACCCGGAACUCUGCGAUCUUGUAAACCGGGCACUUCAUCGGGAUACCAAGAAGCGGGCCACGCUGCAGGAGGUGUUGCAACACCCCGUGUGGAAUCGACGUCCGCUGUCAUGCCCACUCUCCCUGUUGUACAAGUUGAAUCUGCUGGAACGUCCCUCUUCCUCUUCUGUUUCACGCCAUGGCUCCACACGCCGUUCAUUGACUCGUCUUGCAGACAAUCUUCCAAUUCCCACAGGAAAGAGGACGGCAGAUGAUGUGCUCGCGGAGGGAAUGCGGCGCGUCGUAUUAACGGAGCAAAGGGCUCGUGCAAAUUUGGUGUUGGAACAUCACGAAACGUUACGUGUCAUGCUGGAGUUGUUGAAACUUUCACGUGCGGAGGCGGACGUCAGACGGAGCAUUUGUGAGGACGAACAGAGAUACCGCUCUGUGAUUCAAAAUCAACGGGUUACACAGCGAAGCAGACGCAGAAGGAGUGAGGCACUCGUAUCGUCAUUUUCCGCGGCAACCGUAGCGACAGAGGCGGGACCCGUGACUCGCUCCUCGCGCUCGCACAGACAGUCUAGCGUCGUUCUGGUGGCGCCCGCGGCUUCCACGAAGGAGGAAUCCGGAAGAAUUGUCCGUGCCUCACCCGACAAGUACGCCGUGGUUUAUCCAGGACGAGACACCGCUACACGGUGGUCGUUGCGUCCUGUGAUUUCACUCCCUCGUGAACUAAACAGCGAAAUAGAAGAGUUUAGGUGCCUGAACCAUCACAUCAUGACAAAAUUGACAGCUAUGCCUCAUGGGUACAAUGGGUUUGAUUGUAAUGUGUGUGAUCGUGAGAUUCUUAAGAUUUCUCCUGAAACUCCUGCCUUCCGUUGCUAUAAAUGCGACUACGACCUUUGUAUGCGAUGUGCCUAUCAAGGGCGUCUGAAGGACGUUAAUUUUGUGUGCGUGUCAUGCGCGAAAAAGUUUACUUCUUCUGCAAAAUUGCAGGCCCACUCGUUACAGUGCCGUGGUCCUAGCUGGAGUCCAUCCCCACGCCGUUCCUCACGUAUGAACACGAUGCUGUGGGAGG